AAUUGGUGAAUUCUUGUUUUGCCGCCGAAUUUCAACUGCUUCAAGUGGGUCAUUUCGGUUCUGUCACAUCAGUUAUGCGCCAUCUUUGUAGCCAUGCGAUGGGAAGCUUCGUGGAUUGUUCCAAAACAGCAGAAGAACAACCGUACUCGGAAACUGAUCCCUCUCCUUACUCUCGAGUGAAUUGCUUCUAUUUAAAUUUCCUGAGUAUUUCAGUCUUUAUUUAUCAAAGACCUUUCGUUCUUAGCUUUCAUUUUUCUGUUUAUCCUGCUUGCUCUUCAAGUUUUAUCAGCAGGAAAGAUCCUUGACAGAUGGGGGAGAAAUUACUUUUGGUUAUGUGUUUAUGCUCUUGUAUCUGCUGCUUGGCUGCUGCUUCUUCAUCUGAUGGUUUAGUGAGACUCAGCUUGAAAAAACGGCGCUUAGAUCUUAACAGGAUAGUUGCUACUAGAAUCAAAGAGAACAUUAAGGAAACGUUGACUGCACUUGAUGAUGAUGGAGUGCAAAGCGUAGUCUCCCUGAAGAACUAUUUUGAUGUUCAGUAUUAUGGAGAAAUUGGAAUUGGUUCACCUCCACAAAAGUUCUCUGUAGUCUUUGACACUGGCAGUUCUAACCUCUGGGUUCCGUCUUCACAUUGUUAUUUUUCUCUGCCUUGCAUUGUCCAUACUAGUUACAACUCUAGCCAGUCCAGCACAUACUUGGAGAUUGGGAAACCUUGCAAAAUUCAUUAUGGUUCUGGAACAAUUUUGGGCUUCCUCAGUGGAGAUAAUGUUGAGAUAGGGGAUCUUGUUGUCAAAAAUCAAAUAUUUGUGGAGGCCACAAAAGAAGGAAGCCUUAUGCUCGCCUUGGCAAAAUUUGAUGGCGUACUUGGAUUAGGGUUUCAGGAUUAUUCUGUUGGGAAUGUGGUGCCACUAUGGCACAGUAUGGUCCAACAAGGUCUAGUUGUUGAGAAAAUGUUCUCUUUCUGGUUCAACAAAGAUCCAACAUACAUUGAGGGAGGUGAAAUUGUCUUUGGUGGUCUUGAUCAGAAGCACUUCAAGGGAGAGCAUACUUAUGUUCCAGUCACUCCGAAUGGUCACUGGCAGAUUGAAGUUCAAGAGUUUUUAAUUAAAAACAAUUCCACAGGUUUUUGUGCUGCUGGAUGUUCCGCUAUUGUGGAUUCUGGCACUGCCUUCAUAGCUGGUCCUACGGCUAUUGUGACUGAAAUUAACCGCGCUAUAGGAGCAAAAGGAUUUAUGAAUAUGGAAUGUAGAAAAGUAGUAACUCAGUAUUGGGAUCUGAUGUGGGAACUCUUCGUAUCAGGGCUACAGCCUAACAAAUUCUGUUCCUCUAUUGGCAUGUGUCCUACUUACAAUGGCACUAAGCAAGAAAGGCCUAGAAAUACUAUUAAAAUGGUGGUGGGAAAGAAGAAAGAAUUGGGUACAGCAGUCAGCGAGAACCUUGUAUGCAUGGCCUGUGAGUUAACUGUUACAUGGAUCCGAGCUGGUCUUAAACAUAAUAAGACGAAACAAAAAGUACUUGAAUAUGUGCAAAAGUUGUGUGACAACCUGCCAAAUCCACUAAGUGAACUGCAGCAAAUUGAUUGUGGCCAAAUGAGAAACAUGCCAUCUGUUUCAUUUGUCAUGGGGAAUAAAACCUUCCAUCUCACUCCUGAGCAGUACGUUCUCAAAGUGGAACAAGACCAUUCUACCUUCUGCAUCAGCGGUUUUAUUCCUUUAGAUGUUUCUCCUCCCCAAGGCCCCCUCUGGAUUUUUGGGGAAAUCUUCAUGGAAGCAUAUCACACAGUGUUCGAUUUUGGUAACCUUCGAGUAGGAUUUGCAGAAGCUGCUUGCUGAGUGUUAAUAAUGAAUGAUCCAGUCGCCACAAGUGGAGUAAUAAUGACUGGUAUGACGAAAAUGGAGGAUGGCUGGUAUAUGUUGUAGCAGUCCUCAUCCUCAUGGGUCAUGGCCAUGUAUCCAAGUUCUUGUACUUAUGUUUUCAUUUACUUGUAUCAGAGAACAUGUAAUCAUCUGAAAUUAAAGGAAAAUUUGAAAA